AUGGCGUCUAUGGCGGUGUCCCUGUCUCCAGGGCUCUCGACCUUUCUGCGCAAUCUCAAGGUCAACUCGAUUGAAUCGUCCAUAGAAACACUCAUAUCCUUGCUUAAACGGAGACAAAUACGCCAGUCACACUCAUGCGCGGUUGCUACAGUCUACCUGCUCAUGCGAGUAGUCUCUACAUACCGCGUAUACUCGCCAGAGCAUCUGAUCGAGCGAGUCCAGCAGGUUGGCAGGCUCAUUGUAGCUGCUCAGCCCAGGGAGAUGGUCGUGGGGAAUAUCGUCCGGCGGGUGCUUGGUUUGAUCAGAGACGAGUCAGAGAAUGAACGGUUCAUAGGCCUGAGCUUGAAAAACCGGCCACGCCAGCAGCAGCAACAUCAGCAGCAGCAGCAGCAGUCAGGAACUGCGCACACGGGUACACGCUCACGGCAUGCACCGCAGUCCCGGAGACGAGGAGGCAAUAACCAGGAGAUCAAAGGCCUGUCCCCCUUUGAUGCGAAUGGACGGUAUCUAUCCCGUCCAGCACUCAUGACACAUCCGUCCUUUUCUGGUGUGAUGAGUACUCCUGUGAUAUCCAUGUUCAAUCUACUUUCCGAGCCUGAGCCUGAAGAGGCCCCGGAGCUUGAAUCAUCAUCCCCCAUCGUACCAGAGCCAGAAUCAGAGAUGCCCUCCGAAGAAGAGGAUGACCCGAACGGCAACGGGAUAAAGGACUUUAAAGCCGAAGUCCUCGACGGUAUAACUGAGAUCGUGGACGAGCUGCACCAAGUAGACGAUCAAAUCGCUGCCUACGCACUCGAACACAUCCAUUCUAAUGAAAUCAUCCUCACCUACGAAUCGUCUGUCUCUGUCCAGAAGUUCCUGCUCAAGGCUGCUGCGCGCCGCAAGUUUACCGUCAUACAUGUUGAAUCAUACCCCAACAGCCACAAGGACAGCCAUGCUGCUGUCACCGGAACGCUGACGGGCGACGAAGAAGGCCUGGCUACGGACUCGUUCCAGAAGCCUCUGAUUGCACUGGGGAUCACAGUCAUUCUCAUCCCUGACUCGGCCGUGUUUGCACUCAUGUCUCGAGUCAACAAAGUCAUCUUGGGCACCCACUCUGUCCUUGCCAACGGUGGCCUCGUAGCCGCAGCUGGAUCUCGAGUCGUUGCUAGUGCCGCCAAGGUCCACAAGACGCCUGUGGUCGUGGUUAGUGGAAUAUACAAGCUCAGCCCGGUCUAUCCGUUCGACUAUGAGGCUCUUAUCGAGUAUGGAGACGCCAGUGCGGUUGCAGAUUAUAUGCAUAGCGACAUUGCUGAGAAGGUCGACGUGAUGAACCCGUUAUACGACUAUGUGCCGCCCGAACUUGUUGACCUCUACAUCACCAACGUGGGUGCUCAUGCUCCUUCAUACCUCUACCGCAUUGUAUCAGACCACUACCGGACCGAGGACAUCACUUUUUAA